GGUAGUAAACCCACACGCAUGGAGGAGAGCAUGGCGCAGUCCAAGAGUAGGCCCCGCGAGUGCGCGUGAGCCCGCCAGCCCUCCGCCCUGCCUGCCAUGGCAGCCUCCCUCCUCCUCCCCCCCUCGGCGCACCGCCACUGCAUUACCACGCCCACCAGGGGAGCCGGAACGCAGUGCCACCCGGCAGCUCCGCGGCGCCGGCCGCGGCCGCGGGGCGCGCUGCUGGUGGCGAGAGGCGCCGCGGUGCCUCCCGAGCAAAGCUUGACGCCUCACUACGAGACCCUGGGCGACGCUAAGGCUGCGCUGUACCAAGCUCUGGAAGGUGUCGACAGAGGGAUAUUUGGCAUCACCUCCGCGAAAAGGUCCGACAUUCAUGCUCUGGUGGAGCUUUUGGAGUCCCGGAAUCCUACGCCGGAUCCCACCCACAAAUUGCAGGACAAGGUGGACGGCUGCUGGAGGCUCAUCUACAGCACGAUCUCGAUACUGGGGAAAAGGAGAACCAAGUUAGGCCUGCGAGAUUUCAUCAGCCUGGGGGAUUUCUUCCAGAUAAUCGAUGUCAAGGAGGAAAAGGCGGUGAAUGUCAUAAAGUUCAGCGCAAGAGCACUGAAGAUAUUCUCAGGCCAACUUGCUAUUGAAGCAUCGUACACUAUCACUACAAAAACGAGAGUGGGUAUCAAGCUUGAGACUUCAACAAUCACCCCAGAUCAGUUGAUGAAUAUCUUCCAGAAAAACUAUGACAUGCUCCUUGCUAUAUUCAACCCGGAAGGUUGGCUCGAGAUAACAUAUGUUGACGAAUCUCUACGGAUCGGCAGAGAUGACAAGGCAAACAUCUUUGUGCUGGAGAAAACAGACCCAUCUCAAGUGUAAGAAGAUCUACGAAGCAAAAUGUGUGCAAAUAUUCGUAGUUUCUGACAGUGAGUGCAUCGACACUCCGAGAGGAUGUCACCUUAACGUAUUCUGCGGCGCAAAUGAUUGUUAACACCUCAGGCAGAUCAUCGAUUCAACCACUCAUCAAUUUCUCCUAAAAAGGACAAGCAAGAUUCUUUUUUGCGGCCAUAGAACAUUUUGUUUUUGGAUUUUUUAGAUGUGCGCUGUCAAUGUAUCAUGUAAGUAGUAUGUAACUAUGAAAGUUCAGUUACAUAGAAAAUCAGACUGCCCCAUCUUAGGGAGCAAUUAAACAAUUAUCCAAUUUUGAAAUACACAAUUUUUUUUCAAA